AUGUCUCUUACGAUCACCCUCGCCCUCUUUGCCCUGGCACUCUCGUCCCUCAGCGCACCAUGCGAUGCGCGCGUGCCCUCCCGCGACCUGCUUGCCUUCCAUGGCCGGAGCCUCCUGGAGUUCGAGAACAUCACCCUGCCGGAGCUGCCCUACGAGUACAGCGCCCUGGAGCCUGUCAUCAGCGCGGAGAUCAUGGAGCUGCACCAUGACAAGCACCACCGUGCCUUCCUCGCCGGUUUCAACACCGCGGUCGCCGGACUGAUCGCCGCCCAGGAUUCGAACAACGUCGCCAGCAUCGUCACGCUCACCUCCGCUCUUAACUUCAACGGAGGAGGUUGGAUCAACCACAACCUCUUCUGGCCAUCCCUCACCCCCGUCUCGAACUACACCGAGCUGUCUGGACCUCUUGGAGAGGCAAUCGAUGAGACCUGGGGAUCCUUUGACGCCUUUAAGACCGCUUUCAACACUGCCACCAUUGGCAUCCAGGUCCGUGACAUGAUUGUGGUGCGGCUGAUCAAGAUUUUCCAGGGAUCUGGCUGGGGCUGGCUCGCCGUCAACCCCGCCACCGGCGUGCUUUCCAUCACCACCACCGCCAACCAGGAUGCGCUCCAGCCCAGGACCGGCCUGGUGCCCCUCUUUGGAGUGGAUGUCUGGGAGCAUGCCUACUACCUCCAGUACUACAAUGUGCGUGCUGAUUACGUCAAUGCCAUCUGGCAGAUCAUCAAUUGGCCCGAGGUGGAGCAGCGGUAUGCGACUGCCACUGCCUAA